UUCUCCGCGGGGACCACGACGUUGCACCGUUUUGUUUUCGUGCUAAACUGGCACACCUGAUUCAAUUAGUCAAGGGGUUGAUGACAAUGAUGGGUUACUCUAAACGGGAUAUUAUGUUUUAUGCGUCAACUCAAACGGAAUACUUGAGUAGUCCGAAUAAUAACGGGAUAUUGGUGUGCAUGUAAAUGUGAAACGUCUGGUGGUCCCCGAGGAGAGGGUUGGGGUAUUUAAGGGCGCGUUACGUUGUAUUCUGUUUACCGUAAUAACUACAUAUCAGUUUAUCAAAAACAACAAAAAUAUAUUUAUAAACAUGGAUAGGUUUUUACAGGCUCAAUUAAUUAUUAAUUGUCCGUGCUUGUAGCUUGAUACAAUAAUACCAUCGAUGCAUAGGGGAAUAAUGACGUCGAGUAGUGCGCCAUUAAUCCCAGUAUAAACUUGGAAGUAGGAAAUUGUAAUUUCAUUUUGUAAAUGGCAACUCGGAUGAUUACUGCAACAGCGUUACUUCAUUAUUUCAGAGCAAAUAUAUGCGCGUAUUUUUGAGAGAUUAUGGUAGGCACAUACCAUAAUGGUUCCUCAGUCCAUUAGUACUACCACCAGCAGACCUCAUCAAACAGCACUGAUGCGAGACAGAUCUCAAACCCUCCAAUAGAAGAAAAGGCUCCGCGCCACAGUAGCAGAGGCCACCAUGUCCUCCGUGGAAGUCAGAAUGGAGGCAAGACCAUCAAACUCUGCGACGCCGCGGGAACUAACUCAAAACCCGCUGAAGAAAAUCUGGAUGCCGUUGCCUUGUAAAAAUGGCCUUCCUGAUAAACGCAUUUGUCAAAGAAUGGUAUGUAUGACCAACUGUCCCACCCUGAUAGUGACAGUGGGCCUCCCAGCCAGAGGAAAGACCUACAUCUCCAAGAAGCUCACCCGCUAUCUCAACUGGAUCGGCGUGCCAACCAAAGAAUUCAAUGUUGGGCAGUACCGUCGUGAGUGUCUGAAGAUCUACAAGUCCUUUGAGUUCUUCCGUCCAGACAAUGAGGAGGGCCUGAAAAUCAGACAGCAGUGUGCGUCAGCAGCACUGAAUGAUGUCAGACAGUACCUCGCUGAUGGAGGCCAAGUUGCUGUGUUUGAUGCGACUAACACCACUAGAGAGAGGAGAGAGACAAUCACUGCGUUUGCUGAGCAGAAUGGCUUCAAGGUGUUCUUUGUAGAGUCUGUUUGUGAAGACCCUGAAGUCAUUGCAGAGAACAUUGUGCAAGUGAAGCUGGGCAGCCCUGAUUACACCAACUGCAACACAGAGGAGGCUAUGGAGGACUUCAAGAAGAGGAUCAAGUGUUAUGAGAACUCCUAUGAGACCCUGGAUGAGGUUCUGGACAGGCAUCUGUCCUACAUUAAGAUCAUGGAUGUGGGCCGGAGGUACCUGGUGAACCAGGUCCAGGACCAUAUCCAGAGCAGGAUUGUCUACUACCUCAUGAACAUCCACAUCACGCCACGCUCCAUCUACCUAUGUCGCCAUGGAGAGAGUGACCUCAACGUCAAGGGCUGCAUUGGAGGAGACUCUGGGCUCUCAUCCAGGGGCAAGGAGUUUGCCAAGUAUCUGCACCAGUUCAUCCAGUCUCAGGAGAUCAGUGAUCUGAAGGUGUGGACCAGCCAGAUGAAGAGGACCAUCCAGACAGCUGAGGCUGUGUCUGUACCAUACGAGCAGUGGAAGGCUCUCAACGAGAUAGACGCGGGUGUGUGUGAGGAGAUGAUGUAUGAGGAGAUCCAGCAGCACUACCCUCUGGAGUUUGCAAUGAGGGACCAGGACAAAUACCGCUACCGUUACCCCAAGGGAGAGUCCUAUGAGGACCUGGUGCAGAGGUUGGAGCCGGUCAUCAUGGAGCUGGAGAGGCAGGAGCAUGUCCUGGUCAUCUGUCAUCAGGCUGUCAUGCGCUGCCUGCUGGCCUACUUCCUUGAUAAGACAGCAGAGGAGCUGCCCUACCUGAAGUGCCCACUGCACACCGUGCUGAAGCUCACACCAGUUGCUUAUGGCUGUAAGGUGGAGUCCAUCUACCUAAAUGUGGAUGCAGUGAACACUCACAGAGAACGACCAGAGAACGUCAACAUUCAUCGCACCACAGAAGAUGCCUUGCAGACAGUCCCAGCUCACCUCUGAAAUCAAAGCCAAUCGGGUUGAAGUUGGGCCUCUUCUGUCUCCCAGAUUUGUCACUACAUGUGUCAUUACUUGUGGCCCUAGUGGUACAGUCUGGACAUGAUCUGUUCAACAACCCACUCAACCGAUGCGUUUUUUGUGGGGUGAUGUGUUUUCCACUCCUUCUGCCUCUCUGAGCACAACCUCCUCUGAUUUUGGUGUCUAUGUUCAGAGCAAUGUGACCUGGAGGAUCCAGAGCCUUUUGGCAUUCUCAAUUUUGCCUGUACUCCUGUCUUUCAUAGGUAUAAUUCUCAAAGUCUACAGCACAUUCAGUCCAAUUGUUAGAGGUCCGAAUAGAAAUGGGAAUACAGUUAACCUGCUUGCAUUGUAGGGUUUGGGGGUAUGCAUUCACAGAAUUACUCUAUCACCUAUUGCUGCUCCAAUCUCAUGGUUGGAAGAGCCAUAAGUCCUUGGUACUAGUUUGGUUUGUGUGUUAAGGCUUUACGUACAGCUGACAGUCUUGUCUAGGAGAGAAAGGGACUGAAAUGUAUUUUUGUAAAGUAUGAACCCCUCA